UAAUUAGCCUCGCUUGGUUGUAUUUGCAUUUUGAAUAGCUUCAACUUCUAAAUAUGGUAAGCACUUGUCAUUCUGUCUUGAAUUGUUGUCUCCGUGUGCUGAAUCAAACUGCGAAAGAACGCAGCAAUUCUGAACUCGAUAAAGACAUAUUCUUACAAGGAUAACCAAAAGAACCCUAAUGACAGCGACAUAUGGUAUAAUCUCUUUAGUUGCUGUCGUGAUCUGUACAAAUUUUCAAGACGGUCUUACAAACACGCGGGCGGAAGUCGAAAGUAAACUAAUCUGUACUUCGAAAUGGCAAAAGUUAAAAUUAAAUUCGAAGUCUAUGGUCACACAUUUAUCGUCGAAACAAAAUUUUAGCUCAUUUUGGAGAGAAAACGAGCAGGACUUCAAAGCUCAGACAGCGAAGCGGUUAUUCCAAGCGGUUAUAUACCCGUACAACUUUACGAAAGACGUCUCGUGUUACGGAACUGUCGCAAAUUACGCGGGUUCGAUUGCAACUUGGGUUAAUAAUGUAUCAGUCAAUAUAACACUGCCUGAAGUCGGCUCAGAAUUGCUUGGUUUACGUCUUAUACCAUUAUCGGGCUACACAAGGCGUUUGGAAUUUUACGUACGACCAACAACCAAUAUCGGUGAAGUUAGUUACAGCCUAAGCUACUGCUAUGUUAACAAAUAUGACCCCGGACUCGCAGAAAAUUAUUCAUGCCCGGUGUUUAGAAGUGUUAUAUUUAGCUGUUCACUUCGCGAAAGCAACGUAUACGGAAUUCCAAACUCUAGCGGUCUUAUUUGUCAAGCAUUCACUACAGACUAUAUUAAUUAUUACGCAGACUAUAAGUUUUAUAUUCAGUCAACAACCGGAGAUGGAUCCAAUUCAGUAAGCACUGACUUCCGGAUUUCCACCAAACAAUCUGUUGAUGGGCCGAUAUCCCACUAUGCAGAUCAGGGAUACUUUACCGUAGUAUUGAUGGGAGCAAAGCCCAGGUAUCUUAUUAUAGCAGCGAUAGAACAGGUAUGACACUAUCCUUUGCCCCCAACAAUGAACGGUCGCAGAUAAAACAUUGUAUAUUCUCAUGUGAAAUUUCUUGUUUGGGACGAGUAUUUUUUAUGACAAGCAUGAAAGUUUCACGUUAGAAUAAACAACGUUGCUAUAUGUUGCAGUUCAUCUUUUCACACAAACAACACAACACUGAGUAAAAAUCAAUUCAACGUUUGACUAGGUCAACUAUACUUGUAAGGAAAUGCAGGGAUGUUGCUAGACUUGCACAAGUCGACCAUGAAGCGCGCAAUAGAAGGAUCUGGAAAGGACUUUGGAACUGUCUAGGAUGUUGUAAUAGCUCACUGGAUGGCAUGGAGAACAAAGGGCCAAUUCCCCCUAACCCUUCCCCAGCUACCCUACUAACCCUUCCCCAUCUAACCUCCUGACCUAACCUCCUAACCCUUUCCCACCUAAACCUUCCCCACUAUCGUAAUUAGUGCACAUUUCCUAACACUCAUAAAACUAACUGUGUGCCUUUAAUUUUUCCUUGUACAAUAGAAAGUCGUAUUAAAUUGGGAAAACAGUAAAUCUCAGGAAGAGUACCAAAUUACCCUUCCCCACCUAAACUCCUAACCCUUCUCCACCUACCAUCCUAACCCUUCCCCACCUAACCACCUAACCCUUCCCCACCUAACCCUUCCCCACCUAACCGUUCCCCACCUAACCUCCUAACCCUUCCCACCUAAACCUUCCCCACUAUCGUAAUUAGUGCACAUUUCCUAACACUCGUAAAACUAACUGUGUGCCUUUAAUUUUUCCUUGUACAAUAGAAAGUCGUAUUAAAUUGGGAAAACACUAAAUUCACUAUAUUCCACGAGUACCAAAUUGACUACACAUGCAGUAAUGGCGCAAAUUCAAGCAAAACAUACGAAGAAGCGAGUGCAUCUAUUCACGACGCGAACUUCGCACCGUAUAUUUUAUGUGAGUUCUGCCUUACAAACUUGGUUAGUGCAGGAAGCUUGAGGUCAGAACCUUUGUGUAAUUCAACAAGAUUCCCGGAAAAAUCGCCGAGUAUGCCUCCUACAAUAACCUGCGAUUUCAAAACAUGCGGAACAACGAGCUACGCCAACGACACGCGAACGGUGACGGUAAACUGCGAGUUACCGAAGGAAAACACGCGAAAUGGUUUGCUGACUAGCCUGGUGAUUAAUUACUGGAAUCAAAGUAACACUGAUCCAUUUCGGAAAGACUUCCCUAUCAAUUUAACUUCAUGUCAAGUGACAGUUAAAGGCCUUCACAAGAGGCAUAAUUAUUUUGCUCAAAUGUCCGUGUGUAAUUCUCAAGGCUGCAGUAGUUUGAGUGAAACCGUUUUAAUUGCUAAAGCUGUGCACCCACCCUCUGGGAACCAGAAUGGAAAGAAACUAUACUGGCUAGGGUUUCUCGCCGUUUUGCCUGUAUCCAUUAUUAUUGUUGGAUUUGUGUACUAUUACUCCCCACGCACAACAAAACCGAAGCCAAGCAAAUCUUUUCCAAACAUCGGAGAACCAAACGUGAAUAUUUAUGAAGGUUUAGAAGUAAGCAAUGACUAUGAUAAACUACCCAAUGGAAAUGAACUUGGUAAAAUUUGAGUUUCUUGACUUGACAGAAUUCUGAACUGAAUCUACUGAUACGCCUGCUCAGCUAUUAAACACUUGAUUAAACAUUUGAUUAAACAUUUGAUUAAACAUUUGUCCAACGGCAACCAGAUCACUCACAUCAAUGUAUAUAAUUUAAAUGCUUGGUUACCAUUGUUUCAUUCUAUGAUUACAUGUCAUAUGUUUACAUGGAAGUUAUCCAAAAAUUGAAAAAAAGGCGACAAAAGGUUAUUGUUCCAAUUGCAAAAAUGUUGUUGGAAAAUUUUAGCUGAAACAUUAUUUUAUACACAUAGAUGAACUUGCUUAGAUAGUCUCAACACAGACGUCAAGGGGGAAUAUCAAAAAGCAAAAAGUUAGAGCAAAGGACCUGAGGAAUUAGAAAAAUAUUGAUAUUGUUGUAAAUAAUUCUGCUUCAUCUUCUGAUUUUUGAAAAUAAUAAACUGCAUUCUAUUGAACUGUAUUUCAAUU